AUGGCUUCUUUCACCCGGUUCGCAGAGCUUCCCAAAGAGCUUCGAGAUCGGAUUUGGAGCAUGGCUUUCCGCGAUGACCGCCCAGGAGUACAUAUCUUCGGAAAAUAUGAUAAGACUCGGGAAAAUACGAGCGAGAGCCAUUUCCUAAGACACCAUGAUAUACUAAGCGAAACUUGGGCUGCACCUUCAUGGCGACGUUAUUUCGAAAACUUGAAUGGCAAUCAUAGCGAUGAGAACAUUUCAACGUAUCUGAUCGAUGGCGGUUUAUGGACUGCGUGCCAUGAAUCGCGGCUCAUCAUGGAAAAGCGAUUCGAACUAUCAGAGCGAAAGUCUUACCAAAACAAUUACUCAAGCCAUGAUAGAACGAAGGAGGUCUUCAAAAAGGCUACAAUAGGCUGCUUUGACGGUACGCCUCUUCAUCCGGUGACAGUCUUUCCUCACCGGGACCUUUUUGUCCUUCAGUCCGAUAGCUUGAAAAACGUCGAUUGGUUUUUAAUUGGAUUGGACGCUGCAAUGGCCAGUUCUGAAGAAGGCUUCAAUGGGGUGAUGCAUGUCGCGUUUGAGUACAACCCAAAGUGGUCGGCUGACAUAGUACACGACCUGGGUGACGACAUUUGUGCGAUCAUGGAGGGUGCAUUUGAGAUGUGGCCCAAGGUCAGGAAACUUUGGUUUAUUGACCGCUCCCUGAAGAGAAAGAAAGACGCGCCAGCAUUCGAAGAACGGGCAGACAAUGGCUACGAGAUCAAUGCCUUCUAUGCCAGUGACAGGAGGUUUUUGGAAGUAGACUGCAACAAUCAACUCGUCACAGAAAAGGAAUGGGAAUACAUCAAACCUGUGGAAGACAAGUCGAUUGAUGGCUUUAGUUCUUCGCUGGACUUCAUUCAAGAAUUAGAGUCGGAUCUCCGCGAGAAGUCAUGCCCCACUACGGAUAAUUAUUCACGUAAUUAUUCUGAGCCUUAUUGUGAUAUCGGGCUUUUGGGAUGGGAUACAAGAUAA